ACACGUACACGCCUUCCCCCAAAAUUCAAUUCAAAGAACAACACCUUCUCAAACACCUUACGCCCUCCUGCUCCUCCUCUUUUUUCACUUUCCUCAUCAAAACCCUAAAAAAUCCAAUCAAAAAUCAUAAUCAUAAUCAUAUUUAUAUAUACAAAUAAAUAAUAAUAAUAAUAAUAAAGCAUGGCAUACGUAGAUCACGCAUUCUCAAUAUCAGAUGAAGAUAUAAUGAUGGAUUCUGAUUCCCUUUUCACUUCACAUAACACCAACCACCGUCCCCCCAUCAAAGAAAUCGCUCUCGCCCUUUCUCUUCUCGUCUUUGGCAUCGCCGGCAUCAUCUCCGGCAUCUUCAUGUCCAUCAAUCAAGUCGGCGGCGACACCCUUCACGGUGUGUUUUUUGCGAUAUUGGGAGGGGUAUUAUUUAUACCAGGGUUUUAUUAUACAAGGAUUGCUUAUUAUGCUUAUAAAGGUUAUAAAGGCUUUUCUUUCUCUAAUAUACCUCCCGUGUAACAUUUCCACUUCUCGUUUUGUAUGUAAAUUUGUUUGUUUGUUUUUUUCUUUUCUUAUACUUUGAGUUUAUGUAUCAAAUAAAUGAAGGAUUGUGAUUGUAAUGAGAAGCUAUAGAGUUCAGAUUUUUAGGAAUUAUGAAUGUGAACUUUGUUUGGUAUGUUCAUAAUGUGGUAGAAUGAUGAAUUUGUUUGCGUGAUUAUA